AUGGAGACCAGAUCCCGAUUCAAAGUUUGGGCCGAUAAAACCGCCGUUGAAAGUGAACCUGGCUUGACAAGCACUCAGCUUAUGCUUACGAACCAUGAUCUUAAACCCGUCGAGAAGGAGCGCCGACAAUGGGGCGCAUGGAACUUUGUUGGCUUCUGGAUCGCUGAUUCAUUCAACAUCAACACUUGGAUGAUUUCGUCGUCUAUGAUUGUCAACGGUCUUUCAUGGUGGCAAGCCUGGAUUUGUGUUUGGAUCGGCUACAGCAUCACAGGUAUCUUUGUUGCGAUCAAUGCGCGCUUUGGUGCCAUGUACCACAUUGGUUUCCCCGUUGCCAACAGAACCUCCUUUGGUAUCUGGGGUAGUUUGUGGCCAGUCCUGAAUCGUGCUGCUAUGGCCUGUGUCUGGUACGGUGUUCAAGCUUACAUUGGCGGAACUUGCGUCUAUCUCAUGAUCCGAACUAUCUGGAAAUCAUGGUCCGACAUCCCAAACUCGUUCAGCGAGGACUCUGGAACGGAUACCGCGCAUUUCGUUUCGUUCUUCAUCUUUUGGCUGUGCUCACUCCCAGCCCUCUGGUUCCCAGUCCACAAGGUCCGACAUUUGUUCACUGUCAAGGCGUACGUUGUUCCUGUAGCUGGAAUUACUUUCCUUGCUUGGACUAUCUCGCGUGCUGGUGGAAUUGGUCCCAUUGUUAAGUCAGGCAACAAGAUUCAUGGCAGCGAUCUGGCAUGGGAAAUUGUCAAAGGCAUCAUGUCGUCAAUUUCCAACUUUGCGACGCUCAUUGUCAACGCCAGUGACUUUUCGCGAUUUGCCGCAAAGCCUAGAGAUGCACUUUGGUCACAGGUGAUUACGAUUCCAUUCGGUUUCGCCAUCACUUCAUUCAUCGGCAUCAUGGUCUCAUCCGCGUCAACGGUGCUAUACGAUGAAGCUAUCUGGAGCCCCCUUGACUUGCUCGACAAGUUCAUCGAUGAUGGAAGCUCUGCUGAGCGCUUUGGUGUCUUCUUCAUUGCUUCUGCUUUCGCCCUUGCCCAGCUCGGCACCAAUAUCGCCGCCAACAGUGUGAGCGCGGGUACCGAUUUGACAGCUCUUCUCCCUCGCUGGAUCAAUAUUCGACGAGGAAGUUACAUGUGUGCCGUUGUCGGUCUUGCUAUUUGCCCCUGGCAACUUCUGAAGGACAGCAACCAGUUCACAACUUACCUCUCAGCCUACAGCGUCUUCCUCAGCUCUAUCGCUGGUGUCAUGGUGUCCGACUACUACUUCGUCCGCAAGGGAUAUAUCGAUACCAAAGAACUUUACGACGCUCGCAAAGAGGGCCCAUACUAUUUUACCGGCGGUUUUAACUGGCGUGGAUAUGCUGCUUACAUUGCUGGAAUUGUCAUCAACGUGGUUGGCUUCGCUGACGCCGUUGGCGCAAAGAACGUCCCUCAGGGUGCCGUUUAUGUUUACCAACUCAACUACUUCUGUGGUUUCAUCGUUUCAUCGCUUAUGUACUGGACUCUGUGCAAGAUCUCGCCUGUCCCUGCUACUAGCGAUCGUUGGAUGGAAGUUGGCGAAGAGAUUGAUGACAUCCGACUGGCUUACAAUUCGCGAACACCAUCUUACGACGAAGAGCAUGCAGCAGGCGGGGCACCCAAGGCGGUCGACGAGACAAAACAUUUCUGA